CCACCACACCCCUACACACAAGCCUGCCUCCAUUCUCCUCCACAGAUUCACAUCGGCGGGCGUUGAAACCACUACGGCCAGAUUGUAGCACGCACGUGCACACACACACACACACAGACACACACAGGCGACAGGCACAGAGAGACGCACAGAGACACACACAGAGACACACAGAGAGAGAGACACACACAGAGACACACAGAGAGAGACACACACAGAGACACACAGAGAGAGACACAUACAGAGAGACACAGAGAGACACACACAGAGACACAGACACACACACAGAGACACACACACAGAGACACACACACAGACACACAGAGACACACACAGAGACACACAGAGACACACACAGAGACACAGGCACACACACAGAGACACAGAGACACACACAAAGACACACACAGAGACACACACAGAGACACAGAGACACACACAGAGACACACACAGAGACACACACACACAGAGACACACAGAGACAGACACACACACAGACACACACACAGACACACACAGAAACACAGACACACACAGUAACACACAGUCACACAUACACAGACACACACACUGACACACACACACACUGACACACACACACACAGUCACACACACACUGACACACACAGACACACACACAGACACACACUGACACACACACACACUGACACACACACACACUGACACACACAGUCACACACACACACAGACACACACACACAGACACACACACACAGAGACACACACAUACACACAGUCACAGACACACACACAGACACACACACAGACACACACACUGACACACACACACAGACACACACACACACAGACACACACACACACUGACACACACACAGACACACACACAGUCACACACACACACACUGACACACACAGACACACACACACUGACACACGCACAGACACACACACACAGUCACACACAGACAGUCACACAGACACACACUGACAGACACACACACACACAGAGACACACACACACACAGUCACACACACACACACACAGAGACACACACACAGACACACACAGACACACACAGACACACACACAGAGACACACACACACACAGUCACACACACACACACACAGAGACACACACACAGUCACACACACACAGACACACACACACAGUGCCCGGGGCCAGCAGGCGCGACUUGGGAGUCGCAUUUGGGGCGACGCGGGCAGGAGGACGAGACGCACUCGAGCGUCGCCUUCGUCGUCGCUAAUAAUAAUAAAAUAGAAGCCUAAGUAUAUACAUCGGCUGCGUAGAAAAUAUUGUGCGUACAGAGGGGUGGGAGAUGUGCUAGCUUAGCUUCGAAGGAUUAUUAUUUGCGGUAUAUAUAUUGAAAGAAAAAAAAGACUUUAAUUCCACGAGGAUUUUUUUUUGAUGCGGUUGUAACAUGCGGAGAGAGUGAACUGAACGAGGCACGGUGUAGGUGGUUAUUAUAUAUAUGAGUUCAGUAUUCAAUGCAGGCUUGUUUUGCCUAUCACUUAACACGAGGAAGGAUGAUAUAAUCAGUGUAAUUAUUAAUAAUUCUUGUGAAUCGUGAGAUCGACAAGCAAGGAUUUACAGCCCUACCAGAAGCCGAGCAAGCAAGGACACAAAACACGUGAAGCAAGAAGACGAAACGAUCAUUAAGUGAAUUUAGCAACUACGAAUCGACGACUCAAGAAAACUACUUUAUUUGCGUUCUCUCCUCCGUAUUCUUGCGCGUUAUUUUUAUAUAUAAAAUAACAAUUGAAAAAUUCGUGUAAGUUUAUGUAUUUAUGCUACGCGAUACAGUUGCAAUAGGCUGGACAAAUCGACAGAAGAUCUGCAUUUAAAGGAGUACAUCUGUGUUUGAGUAUAUAUAUUUACGGCGUUUUUUAAAAUACUUUUUUUUAUUUGAAGAGGAAAACGAAAGUUUGCCAAAAUAUCAGCGUCACCAGCGAUGUAUUCACCGCUCUGUCUAACCCAGGAUGAGUUCCACCCGUUCAUCGAGGCGCUGCUGCCGCACGUGCGCGCCUUCGCCUACACGUGGUUCAACCUGCAGGCGCGCAAGCGCAAGUACUUCAAGAAGCACGAGAAGCGCAUGUCCAAGGACGAGGAGCGCGCCGUCAAGGACGAGCUGCUGGGCGAGAAGAGCGAGGUGAAGCAGAAGUGGGCCUCGCGGCUGCUCGCCAAGCUGCGCAAGGACAUCCGGCCCGAGUUCCGCGAGGACUUCGUGCUCACGGUGACCGGCAAGAAGCCGCCCUGCUGCGUGCUCUCCAACCCCGACCAGAAGGGCAAGAUGCGGCGCAUCGACUGCCUGCGCCAGGCCGACAAGGUGUGGCGCCUCGACCUGGUCAUGGUCAUCCUCUUCAAGGGUGUGCCCCUGGAGAGCACGGACGGCGAGCGGCUGGUGAAGUCGCCGCAGUGCGCCAACCCGGGCCUCUGCGUGCAGCCGCACCACAUCGGCGUCUCCGUCAAAGAGCUCGACCUCUACCUGGCCUACUUCGUGCACUCGCAAGAAGGAGGCCAGACGGGCAGUCCGAGUCACGAGAACAUGUCUGCCAGCGAAGCUGAGAUCAAAUCGGAAAACGGACACCUCAGCUUCCAGGAUAUCUUCGUAACCUCCGGAGUCUUCAGCGUCACAGAGCUGGUGCGGGUGUCGAGAACGCCGAUCGCGAGCGGAACCGGUCCCAAUUUCCCCGUGGAAAUGGAGAGCCAGUCCUACUACAGCAUGAGCCCCGGCGCCGCCAUGAGGAGGUCUCUGCCCAGCACUUCUUCUGCCGGUUCAAGGCACAAGCCUUGUUACACGUGGGACACAACGAUGUACGUUCCAGAUGCGAGCAAGAGGCACAAGUCGAGCACGUCCCUGGACGAGGACAGCCCCGAGGAAGGCUUCUACAACCGGUCGCCUGCGAGCAGCAGCCAGUCGAGCGGCUGGCACAACGACGUGGAGUCUGGUGGCUCCCACCCCGCGUCCUCAGCGCUUCACUUCCCGAGUUCGCCCAUCAUUCAGAACCCGCCGUACCCGUUCUCGGCGCACGCCCACACGGCGAUCCGCUACCACCCGCCGCACCCACCGCCCCACGACCCCCUCAAGGACUUCGUGCAGCUCGUGUGCCCUGAAGGGCAGCAGGGCAGCCACGUGGGCUUCCUCAACCCCGGCGGUGGGGGCCAAGCCAAGGUGACGUCCGCACUCUUCCCGACGUCCAUGCUGCCGCCCCCUCCACCGCCGAUGCCGAGGCCCGUGCCCCUGCCCAUGUCGGUGACCGAUACGAAGCCCAUCAGCACGAGCAGCGACGGAGGCACGCCCUCCCCGACGUCGCCCACUUACUCCUCGCCCAUCACUCCCCCUACCAACCGCCCCUUCAUGAGCUUGGGACCCCGAGACCCCGGCCUUGUAAAUAUACAUUCCCAGCAUCCUCAGUUGCUGUGCAGCAGUCCAACACAGCAACUCAGGGCUACAGGGAAGAUGGUGCCAUCUCGUGGACAAAACAUUACGCCAUGGUACUUGGGAUGAAAAGCGGAGCUUUCCAUCCUCACCAUUCAAGCAGCACUCCGCCAGACCAUUUCCCAAGCUUCUGACCGAAGGCAAAAUAAAAACAGCUAAAAGCAACGCCUCGAUUUUUCCCGCCAAAUUCUCGAUCGAUGGGGGUAGGAGAAAGUCAACAACGGAAACCAGGAAAAACUAAAAAAAACGAGCAAAACAUUUUUAAAAAGAAAAAAAAAGACAACAACAAACCGCAUCAACAGCAACGACUUAAAAGAGAACUUGAACAAAUGGAACGACGCACGGACACGUCAAAACACGAACGCGCAGUCACGCACGCACGCACGCGCUGCCGCCCGCCGCACCAUACACGCACGCACGCACGCACAUACCGUACAGAUGAACUCAUCCGGAACUAACUGGAGACUUGCAUGAUUAAAGUGCGAACAGGUCGCCUCAGCGGACAUUUGUGUUGCAGCAGCAGCGGCGGCAGCAGCAGCAGCAGCAGCAGCGUUAAACGGACUUCAUUGCUUUUCUUGUGGAGCGAGCGGUUGGGAGGCAGUGAGUUUCUGGCCUUGCAAGACACCGACCAGGGAACCCGGAGGUGAAAAUGACCCCGUGAUGGGGUGGGUGGGGUGGUGGGGGGGGUCACCCCGGGGGUCACCCCGGGACCCCCUGUCACAUGACCUAAAAGCCAAGCAGCCACCCGCACGUGAGUGUGACACAACACUUGCAGGGCGUUACUCGCCCCCUGAUCGUUGAUUUGCGAACACGCAGAUGGGCGCCACCGCACACCGGACUACGCGUGCGCGCGCGCGUCCGUGUGCUGACGUCUGGUGAGUGAAGCGUAAUCUGUUGAUCGUGAACACGUAGUGAGGCAUUUGUACGAUGCUUAAAACGAAUUAACAAAUUGUCAAUUUGUAAUAAUAGUAACAGCACCAUUUUUAUUAUUAUUGCAAUUUUAAGAGUAAUAAUGAGUUGCCCAAUGUUUUUGCUUAAAAUUAACGAAUUUAAUUUGCUGGAAGGAUACCCAUAAUGCAUCUUCGGGUAAUUAUCUACCCAGUGUGUUCUCCGCAGAUAUGUAAAUUGUGUCCUUGGGGUUCUGGAGUGCACGUGCGCCCGCGUGUGUGUGUGUCUCUUGUUUCAAACCCACACUCACACGCUCCUCCGAGCUAUCUCUUGCGUUUUAUACGAGUCCAAACAAAAAUAAAUAAAUAUGAAUAAAAUUUACCAACAAUUAAAACCGGGGGGGGAGAGGGGGUAGUGGUGACACGGUCCUAACACAAGGGCCUUCAUCUCUCACCGAAUAUUUUCCUGGCCUACCGGAAGAUAUCCACGGCGCGGUGUGCCGGGGAUGCAGGGAGUGUUUUUCUCCAGGUCACUAACCCCCUUGAAAUGAAUCCCUGCGAUUUCGGAUGUAAAGCGGAGGUUCUUUUAAAAAUGAUUUCUUCCCAUGAAGAACUGCAUGGCCACGAUGACCCGCUGCGCUCCCAACCGCUGACCGUUUUCUAACAGAGUUGUAGUUCACUAGUGUUAUGGUGCUGUGAUGAAUAGAAUUCAGGUUGUUGUUGUGUCGCCUGGCCAGUCGCCUAUUCCCAUUUUUACUUAUUAACGCUGUUGUUUUUUUUUGUGUUCUCCUCCUCCUCCUCGUGAUCACGUCAAGUGGUGAUAACGUCCCGACCAGAGUCGUGGACUUCGCCACAAAAUGCAUUCUUCUUCAGUAGAAUCCGAUUACGCAUCGAAGGGAUCAACUCUCGCUCGUGUAGACGUGUGACCGCUGGUUUUAUCGUUUGUGCAUGCAAGGGACGGGGGGAAAAAAAAAGACAAAACAUACUCACCGGAUAGAUCGAUAGAUAUACGCGUCCAUUUUGCUUUUACCUUUAGGUGCAAAACUAAGUUGCACGUGAAAAACAAACUCAAUUUUUUUCUUUUUAUAAAAACAAAAUACUCGACGAAAGAAAACCAGCGGAACGCAGUUUCAGUCAUCAGAAACGGAUUGGAUUCACCGUUCGUGCGUCUAGCGACGAAAUAUAACGAUUUCACGAUGCCAUCAGUGGUGCAUACUCGCCCAGUUUUAAACAGAAGAAUGCAUUUUUCGUAAACUUGAGCUGAAUCCGAGAGUUUCGUUCGGGGGAGUCUUGAACGGCAGUUUUGGUGUUUCACGCAGAAGAUGCUGUUUUCAUGAUUACUAUGAAAGUUAGAUGCUUAUUAACGAUAUAAAUGUUUGCGCUACAUUGCAUCAGGAGUAGUUUCUUUUUUUUUCAGCCGAUGUGACGGGGCAUUAUCCAGUAGCUGCGUGGGUGUUGACGCACGGUCACGGGAUACUGGUUGCGACUUUGGCACUGUCGCGAUCGCUCCAGACCGGGUUAGAUUCCAAUUGUCGCGCUUUUCAAACAACGCACUCGUUUUUACAAACUUUAAAUCGCGCGCAUUCGUAGCGCUCACCUUUGAGCUGAAGUUGCACACACUCGCGUACGUUUAAACACACACACACACACCACACGCGCAAACCAUCCUCCCGCUCUAGAAUUGAAUGUGACCACGCAGUUACUGUUUAGUGUCGUUUUGUCAUCGAUAGACGUGUAUUUUAUAAAGUGCGUUCGCUUGUAAAACACUUCACAGGAUUCACAAAAACGCGUACGGGACACGCACGGACACACACGCGCACCAGCGUGCGUGAGAGCAAGACAAAAUCAAGAAGGGGGGGGGGGUGUCAGCCUUAACUAUGUGAUUCUUUGUCGAGCCAUUUGCGAGUGGCCGUCCGAUGACACCCGACCGAACAUGCAUGGUGGUGUUUUUUUCUAAUUACAAGUGACGAUGGCCUUCUUAUGUACGUACAUCACGGUGUUGUAGGAUAGAAACCAACCAACAUCCAGUAGCGGUAGUAGCAGUAGUCAACCUUUUUUCAGUUUUAAUGCAAAUAGACUUUUCCGCACGUGAAUGGGCAUUCUUUUACUGGAGUACAUCAUAGACGCGAUACUUAAGAUAGUGGUAGUAGAUCAGUUUAACAUCGUUGCAUCGCUUCAACGUAUGCAAUUUUCCUUCCCACCCCCUACACACACACACACACGAGAUCGUAAAAAAAAUGGUUUUUAAAUAAAUGCAAAAAUAAUAACGAUGAUUCAUGACUUUGGUGACCAGAAUAACCCGGAAUCUAUCGGGCAAAACAAAAUAACUAUGGCUUAACAAUAGUUAGCCGUAUUUAUUCAACCCAUUUAAACAGUGAAUCAAAAAUUCUAAAAAGACCCCGCCAAUUACAACCUUUGCUUACGAUUUACAAAAUAAAAUAUCUGUUUUUUGUUUUUUUCCACGGCAACAGCAGCGAGUAACAACAAACAAAAAUCGAGAAAAAACUGAAAAAAAUAUUAAUUUGAGAGGCAAAGUGCAAUCGAUUUGUUGUAGGGAAAUAAAAACAAAACGGGCGUCUGUUGUAGAGAAGUUUCGCUUGGGGGGGUGGGGGGAGGGAGGGAGGAGGCGGUCUUUUUUUUAAAGAAAAAAAUGAGACAUUUGUAAUUUUCACUUUUUUUUCCUUUUUAAUUUUUUGUAUAAGUCCAGUUUCAGCCCUGGGACUCUAAACACGUGGGUCGGUGGCGGGAUAGGCGGGUGGGGGGGGUUCUAAAUAUAGCUUGCCUUUGUCGGAUUGAGAAAAGUGGAGAACUGAGAGAAAGAAUCGCUAUCGUUGUUGUUAUCGUUGUUUGUUGUUGUUGUUUUAUAGGUUAUAUUUUUUUCUCGGUGGCGCGUUUAAGAUGUGUAUGACCCCCCCCCCAUGCCCGACCCCUCCUCGCCUCCCCCCAUCCGUUCUCCCCCACACCUCCCUUUUCCACUCGCCGAUCGCACGUGAACAAUAGAUGGGGCUUACGUGGCCGCAUUUAAAUGAGCGAGAGGGCAUUGCCAAUUGGGGUACAGGAGGGGUUUACUCUAACAAAUCUGGGAGGGGGGGUGGCGUACCGGGGUGGCAGUGGGGGACCCCAGUGGUUCACGUGGGGUCAAGGGAGCCAGGAGUGGGGUGCGUGGUGGCAUUGGGGUGCCGGUCAGAAAGGGGUGUGCAUGGCCUUGUGGGUCUUGCAUUUGUUUUUGGCUUGACAUGAUACCGGCUAUACACACAAGUAUAUUAUUGCUCUAUUACGCGAGUUUAUUUUAGAGAGAGGAGAGAGAUGUACAUUCGGGGCCGAAACGACACGUUUCGUUAAAACAAAAAAAUAUACACACACAUAUAUUUUAUUGGGAUUCCUUGAUGAUUAUUGGCGUUCUCUCUCUCUCUCUGUAAUUUACGGUGUGCAGCAAAGCUGUUUAAAAGGAGUGUUCGCGUAAAAAAAAAACCACACACAAACGAAAUAAUAAGUGCUUCUACAAAAUAAUAAUAGUAAUGAUGAUGGUAGCAAGGGUGUUCCAUAUAUACAUGUAUGUGUGUUCAUCGAUGCAGUACCAUAGUUCACAACAGCGCACAGUGAAUGACCAUAUAAAACCCUGGUGAUGAUUCACUCAAAUAUUUAAAUUGUACUGUUAUUAUCUGUAUGCACCUUAACUGAAAUCGUUAAUCGUUUUUUUUUACUAUAUUUAACUAUCUUCGGGAGCAAUUAGAAAAAAAAGUAUUGUGUUUAAUGGUAACGUUAUGAUGUAGCACCAUAUACAAUUGCGAACAAGACGAAACGUGUUGAUUAGACAUGAGUUAACUGCGUUGCACUACAAAGACAAACACACGCAUGGAUAUAUAUAUAAAUGUGUGUGUAUAAAAACAUACGUAACUAUGCAUACCCAUAUACCACAAAACGGAAUCCCAUUUUUGGUUUUACGCAUAUAUAUGCAUAUUUGUGUAUGCAUAUAUAUGUGUGCAUGCAUACCACGUGCAGCGCUUACAUGCGUACACAUGCUGACAGUAGCAGGUUUUUAAGCGCUAUACACACGUAUAUAUAUGCUUACACAUUUCAAUAAAAUAUCUAAGCAUAUACACGUGUACAAUGUAUACUAUUUAUAUACACUUCAUAAUAAAUAUCCACUGUGUACACACUACCAGUAAGUGUAUAUACAUACGAGUAUACAAAGAUAGCCUUGCACAGACUGUUAGGGCAAGUGCGGUGAGCGAACGCCGAUGAAAGCCCGGAUGGCGCGUGGGAGGGGGGGGUGUAAAUAUCGCCACCCAGGUGCUCAUUUGAGGCCGAGUCGAUCUAGGAGAGGCCCACGACCGGUUCCGAUAAUCGUCACCGUUGUUGGCCGUGAGCUCACUUCACUUCCGCUGCCCACAAAGACAAAGAUCCCCCGUAUAGCAUUAACAGACUGUAGGGGCAAGUGCUGUUAGCGAGCACCUAUGAAGGCCGGAACGGUACACGAGGGGGUGGGUGGCCAGCACCACGCCCGACCGCCUUUGUCUCCCUAGUGGCGAUGUUUACACCCCGCUCCAGGUACUAAUUUGAGGCCGAGUCGACCUAGGGGAGGCCCACGGCCGGUUCAGACAAUCCUCACUGGGCGUUGGCUGUGAGCUGGAUCCGAACUCGGGUCGCCGGGUUCGUAGCGCAGCGCUCUAACCGCCAGACUACCGCUCACCCCACACACACACAACAACGAUACCAGAUACCACUAUAUGGAACGCCCUUGCUCUCUGAUCGACAUCUGAACAUGACAAUUCCGACGGCAUGCAAGUUCCACGCCGUGUAUAUUCUGUGCCCUCUCCCUCCACGCGUUGAAGCCGGCGCACUCGCGCGCUCUCCCCAUGGAGACGCGUGGCUGACGUGUCCGAGUGCCCGUCAGACGCACCCUCCUCCACCUUCCAUAUCGCCUUCCCUCUCUUCCCCCAUUCUCCGCAAAGAGCUUCAGUUUCUAUAUAUAUAAUAAUGGGGGGUGUGUGUGCCUACCCCCCAGACAGCGACGGGGGAGGGGAGUCGUUUUCCGGAGAUCAGCCCCGAACAGCUCCAUGUGACAUUAAGCCCCGUGCGCAUGCGUUUACGCACGUGUAGAUGCCGCACGCAGGCGCUAUAGGUGUGUGUGUAUGUGUAUGUAGGUGUGUGUGUGUAUGUAGGUGUGUGUAGACACGCGCGCAUGCACACCGGGUGCGAGCCAUUUAUAGAUACCCCGCUGAAAUAACGGAGAGGUGAGAAUGGAUAAGACUGCUUUUCUUUUACAAAGCCCCUCCAAGUCUCCCAACAAUCUCAAUGCAACGUGUUAACGAUCGCCUCUGUAAAAUGUGGAGCCAUCCUUGAGAAAUAUGCAAUCACCUGUCGAGUCGAAAGAGGCCCAUUAGCAGUCGGUGGGAUAUCUGUAAAUGGAUCGGACUGUGCAUUGAUGUACGCUAAUCAGGUGUAUGCGUGUUGCGGCUAUCGUCACGAUUAUGAUAAAUGGCAAUAUCAAAUUUUUUUAAUGCCCAGAAAAUGUAUUUUAAAAAUACUAUUAAUAUUGUUUUGCACAGAAAAGCUUUUUUACUGAUUCAAAAUAAUUAUUGUUGACCAAUUAAAUGAUUUAGCGUGUGUAGUGAAAUCGGAAUACCGGGAGAAAAAUCUCACCACGAUAAUCCUUACGUACAAUUAUACAAUCAAUCCACUGCUGGAUAAUAGUUUGACCACACUUUCACCUAAGCUAUAUAUAUACAGAGACAAACAAAAAUUCCCCCGUAUUGCUUUAACAGACUGUUGGGACAAGUGCUGUUAGCAACUACAUUUGUAAGGCCGGCACGGCACACGAGGGAGUUGGUGAUUAGCACCAGCCCCGGCCGCCUUUGUAUCCCUACUAGCGAUGUUCACACAUCGCACCAAGUAGUGUACUAAUUUGAGGCCGAGUCGACCUAGAGGAGGCCCAUGACCCGUUCAGAUAAUAAUCAUCACUGGUGUGUCGGUGGCUGUGAGCGGGAAUCGUACUCGGGUCGCCAGUUUAGUGGCACGGCGCGCUAACCGCUGCACUACAUACACACACUUAUACAUACAUACACAUGGAUAUGUAUGCGUAUGAAUGUAUAUAUGCGCGUAUAUAUAACUUGUAGUUGAUAUUGCAUAUACACAUACACACGUGUGUUUCCCACACCCCAGUUCUCGCAAUCCCCACCACGCUCACUCUUUCCCCGUUUACCAAUGUAAACUCAGUACAAUGCAAAUUAUCUCACUUGCACGCGCCGGAUGAUUGCUGAACACGUCGGGCGAAACGCGCUAAGCAAUGAACCCCGCCUGCGUCACGCGGAACACGUGUACACACGCGCAUACACACGGAACAUGUGUACACACACACUGAUAUCCCAAUAUUAAUUUGAAACGGCUCUAAUAACGCAGACUGGGUUAAUUGCUUAGUGCGUCACGUAUUUAACAACGAUCGCGAUCGGGCGCGUUGCAGCGUGUAACGAAUAGUUCGAAUGACAGGAGUAAAUUGGUUAUGGCGAUGUGCCGCAAGGACUGGAGUGUGUGAAAACCACAACUGUCUGAUCCUUUUUUAUAUAUAUGUACGAUAUAUAGAAUCUGGGGCUCCCGUUGCAAAUGGCACUAUUAUAUGAUGGAUUAACAAAAAGCUAUUUUUUAAUUUGCACGAAGUAGGUAAUUGAAUUUAAAGGAAAAAAAAUGAAACGCACCCACAUCAUGUGCCUUGCCUUUUGAGAAAAAAAAGAUACGUACUUUAACAAAAAUAAGUGUGAUAAGACAAAAAAAGAGAUAUUAAUUUACACAAUGCAUUGCUGCACCUUAAUAUGCUGCAUGAAUUAUCCGUGCGAUUGUUAUGAUGAUAAGAUCUGACAUCUUUGUAUUUCAUGUAGUUUUAAAAAAAAAAUUUGAAAGAAACGGCGGGGAAAAAAAUACGUUUAAGAAACCGAGUGAUGUCAUUCGUUACACGAUUUACAUGUAUCAGCAUUUUUUUCUUUCUAGUGGUCGUAUAUUGUAUAAGCGCAUCUGCAUUCAUGUGUAACGCUUUUGGUAAAAAAAACACAAUGUUAUAUAGAUAACGAGUCGCAGUAU